UCACGGCAAGAAAUUUAUCGAAGAUGUGAAUGGAGCGAAGAAGUCGGUUUACGAACAUUUUCGUAACGCCGCCAUUUUCCAAAUAUUAUGGAAACGGAAAAUAAAUCUAAAACAGAAUCGACUAAGUCUUUUGCACAAAGAGAGAAAAUCAAAGAACGUGUAUCUGUGCGAUUUCAUCUGGAACUGACUGACUCGACUGACCGUUCGUUCCCUGAAUUUUCGUAUUUAGAACUUCUUGGUACAAAUAAAAAUAAGAAGAAAGACGAAGGCGUUUUGCACGAUGGAGAAUGCGAUGUGGAUGAAAUUAGGGCCUUAGCAAAGAAAUUUGAGGAUAAAUACGGUCCUAAGAGUGGUGCAAAGAAAAGUAAAGCACACAAAACAGAUAGAGUUCAGGACUUAGUUGAUGUUACAUAUGGUUAUGAUGCGACAGAUGCUUUUGUUGAUGACUCUGAAGCAUAUGAUGAGCUUGUACCAGCAGACUGGACAACAGAACAUGGUGGAUUCUACAUCAACAUGGGAGAACUUAACUUUAGGCCAUUUUCAUCUGGAGAUGAGAGGAGCGAUGGUGAUUUUAAGGAGACAAAGAAGAAAACGCCAAAGAAGAAAAAUAAAGAAAACAAAGAAAAGAAACUAAAAGAUGGCAAACGACAUCUGUCAAGUGGAGAAAAAGAGAAAAGCUCAAAGAAAAUGAGAUUAAACAGUGAUGAGAAAGAAAGCAAACUACAGAAACUAAAGAAACGAAUAAAUCUUAGUGCAGGAAAAUCUAAAGAAGGAACAUCUGGAAGCACAGUGCAACAAGAUAAAAAUAAACAAUCUAAAACUGUAGCGACUGAGAAUCUCCAAAGUCCAGUGAUAAAAGUUGAGAAAAAUAGUGUUACUGAUAUGAGGAAUUCUGCACCAAGCAUUGGUUCUAGUGCUCUAUCAGAGGACAGUUUAAUCAGCAAAGAAAAUGAGAACAGUUUGAAUAACAGUCCUUCUGUUUCCUUGCCUGAUGGUUUACCUCCAUCAUUGAUAUUGAGUAUCCAGAAAUUGAUUGAAGUGGCACGUAAAGCUGGUGGUGAGGCAGGGAAAUGUAAAUUCUUUAACUCUGAUGUCAACAGAAUUUUAUUACAGAUUGAGACUGAUUCAAGAAAAUUAAACUGUAGAGCGAGAUCUGCUGUUUACGACUAUCUAGCUUUAUUCCUGCCUUGUACCAAAGAUACAUUGUUGAAACGCGCGAAGAAUCUUUUUAUGCAAGAACAGGUUGGACGAUUGAGGGAGCCGUUACUUAAACUGCGUCUAGCUAUUGAAGCUGCUAUGCCAGCACAAGUAAAGAAUUAUGAAGAGGAAGUUGCUAAACUUUCUGAAGAACAAGCUGUUCAAAAUCUGAAACCUUUCACGGAUACUGUGAAUCAAAAUGGAGAGAAAAAGGACGAUGUCGUGAUGAAAGAUCUUGAAGUAGAAGGAGAAAAUGAGAAAAUUGAUGAAUCCACGACGCCCACUGAUGUUAAUGCACCGACGACUCCGAGUGAAGAAAAAGGAAAACGAACAUUUUUACCAAAACGCUUUGUCUGGAAGGAUGAUAUCAGGAAUCUACUUUGUGACGUUGUGGGUAUUAAAGUUGAACUUUAUUUGAUGUCGAAGAGUAGAAGUACGACGGCUGAAGAAGCUUUAAAGGGUUUCUUGGAAACUGAAGUACGCCCUCUAUGGCCCAAGGGAUGGAUGACAACCAGAAUUUUGUACCGAGAAAGUAAACAAGCGCACGCCAAAGUGACCAGCACGGUAGCCGCAAAGGUUAAGAAAGAUCCCAAACGGCCAAAAGAAGAAGGAAGCAAAAUUCAAGAUUCCAAUCAACAGGUCACUGCAAUGGUCAUUGAUCAGGGUAAUGAUGAGGCAACACCGUUGAAGAAUCUUGCGAACAUGUCUACAAGUUCUGUUCCAAGUUAUUUAAAAUCAAAUACAGCUUUCACUAAUACUCCAGUUGCUAUGCGGCCAGAUGCAUUAAAUAUCGCAACUGAUAAACAGAAUAUUGAACUAAAAACCAGUGUGCAAUCGAAAAUCGAAACAGAAAUUCCAGUGAAAAUUGCAGUAGAGACACCUCUGGUGAAACCUCAAGAUGAACCCCGUGUGAGGAACCUGUUGAAAUUAGAAGGCGCUUCCGUUACAAAGGUACAAGACCUGCUCCAAUCCCAGAUAAAACUCCGAAAAGAAGCACAACUGAAACUUCAAAGUAAGACCCAGGCUCAAACUCAGGUUAUGCAUGAAGACGAGGCCUCACUUGGUAAAUCACACAGUGAAAUUCUGGAAAAACAAGAUCAAGCCUUGAACGAAAAUUUAGCGAGAUCUGCCUCACAAGAUACACUAGAGAAAACUAAGAUUCCUCCAUCACACGGUUCAUUACCACUUCCUACCCCAGGCAAAACGCCAAAACCUCAGGAGCAGAAGAAUUCUCAUUUGCCAAAUAAUCUGGAAUUGAAGUUUCCAAGUUUGCCUCAGGGUCAAUCAAUUCAUGAUCAAACUUCAAAUCAAUCUCUAAUCCCAAGUCAAUCCCAUGAUCAUUCGGCGCUCAAACCUCCACAAAAUGCGCUUCAAAAUCCUAUCAAAGCGCUUGAAAAGCCACAAUCCCGGCAGGAUGAUGACGACAGUAGCCUGCGUAAGCUACUAGGGAUAGCAGAACCACUUGGUAGAGAACAGCCACCAGCCAAAGAACACUCACACAUGCAAUUACAAGGUCAUAUAAAUAAUCAUGCACGGGUUCAGUCUAACGUUAGUGCGCAGGUGCAGGUACAUCUCCCUACGGCACAGAAUGCUCAGGCUAACGCACAUGUUCAGUCACAUGGAAAGCCUAUCACGCAACAAACGGUUCAAGGGAAAGGUCGGGGUCAAAGUCUGACGAAUGCACAUAAUCAAACGCAAGUUCAGUCUAAAAGUAUACCUUAUCGUCAAAGCCAAUUGGAAUCUCAGAAUCGCAUUCAAAAUCAACUUCAGGGUCUCACUUAUCCCCAAGGACAAAUGCGAAGUCAAAGUCAGUUUCAUGCUCAGCCACGAGAAGACCAAGGACAUCCUUUGUCACAAGUUCAGUCCAAGUCUCCAAGUUCACCUCGUGUUCCAGCUCAUGCAAACACUUCCCAGAGAAUGCAAGCUUCAUUUAGUUCACCAACAAAUAUCAGUAAACCCAAGGCUGCGGGGAAAACCAUAUUAGAUUUUUUGGACGAAGCGUCGCCACUUAGUCCUUUUCAUAAUACUCCUGAAAGCAGACCGUUGAGCCAUGUUACAUCAGCAUCACCUUCACUAUCAUCGUGCUCCUUCCAAAACACCCAGCAACAUCAAAUAUCUCCCCCUCGUAAUAUCAAAACCCAGAAUAAUAUGCCGACAUCAUCACCUCCAUUGUCUAGUCCGAAUAGACACCCAAUAAGAAAUGUUUCACCCAUUCGACAAAUGUCAACUAAUGCAGGGACGUUUAGUAAUAUCAAUGUCUCAAAAAGACUUUCCUCGUGUAGUUUGCAAAAUAUACCGUCUAAAAUUAACCAAGAAACUUCACCGUCACCACGUUCGCCACGACAAGGCUAUAAUUUCUUAACUAAAGUGCCGUCUUCACCCAAUUUAAGUUGUCAGUUUCCAAUGCAACCAUCUCGCACAAGUCCAGAAAGUCACGCAAGAUCCUCUUCACAUUUAAACACCCUUACUCCAAAUUUCAUGACCCUUUCAUCAUCAGACAAGCCUAAGACACAAUUGACUGCUACCUCACUUCUGAACUCUCUGGCAAGUAUGUCUCAAAACCAUUUGACCCCGAAUUUACCACUGGUUGGUCAGCCAUCCAAUUCUCUUCAGAACAACGGACUACCAAUGACAAAUAGUUCACUUAAUAUUUCCCCAAUUAUGAACGUGCAAAAUAACCUUCCUAACAACAAAGCUCAACAAGGACCUGGUUUUCCUGGAAACAUGAAAAACUUCACUGGGAUGCCUCAGUUCUCAAACCAGCAGCCGAUGCUCAGGAAUAAUCUACCUGCAGAAAUGAAUGAUGGCAACAACAGAAUUUCAAAUUUCCAGCCAGCAUACAGACCAUUCUCGUAGCGUUAUGUGAAAAGAAACGAAAAGGACUUAAUGUAGGGAGAAUGUUCGUUACACGAGAUGAUUUGUGUGGUGGUAUGGACGGAGAUGUAUGGAGAAUUUGGAAUUUUUAGAAUUCACAUUAAAUCCAUCUCCUAAAAUUGUGAGUAACGUGAAGUAAGAUUGUCCCGGGGCCAUGGACUUUUCAUGGUAAUAGACCUUUUGCACAUGAUGACGUCACAGUAGGCAUGUGGAGGACAAAUUAUAACGUAGCAUAGUAACUUUGAACGAAAAUGUUUGGUAAAAUACAGAUAUGAUAUUAACUAGGUAAUACACAUAUACUACAAUAUAAAUAUUAAACUAGGGUUAGGU